AUGAGGGUCGCUUCAAGACUCCUCGCCUCUGUGCAAAAGGGUGCCCAGUUCCUAGAAGCCGGCACACCUACCGGUCUCACCGGCGUAUCGACGCACGCCUCACCUCGCACAACCCUCCUCUACACAUACCACACCACCCUCGAAAAGCUAAAGCAAUUCCCCGAGCACUCCGUCUACCGGCAAUCAGUGGAAGCCCUCACAAAACACCGCAUGCAAAUCGUUGAGCAAGUAAAGCCAUCCGGUCUCGAAGAAUGGCAGAAACGCGUACAAGCAGUCGCAGACUCACGACCAGACGCCUUCAAGACUGUACCGAUCGUCACACCUAGCGGCAACAAGGAGGUCAACAUUGUCUGGAAGGCUGCAGCGGUUCAGGCGGCGAAGAAGAGGACGGAUGAGUGGGAUGAUGAGGUUGUGGGGAAGCCGCAUGAGGAGGGUAUUAGGACGGAGGAGGAGAGGGCGUAUAUGGGCAAGGAGCUUGCACGGGACUUGACAGAGGAGCACAGACAGAUUCCGAGGAUUGAGAGCGAGCCGCCGUUGAGCUUGGAGCAGAUUAAUGAUAUUGAGGCUAAGAUUGGGGCUGGCUUGAUUGAAGAGGUCAUUAUGGUCGCUGAGGGCGAGAGUGUGCUCUGUGAUACCUUGUUGGAGGCUCAAGUAUGGGAAGACCUCGAGGAGAAGCCACAGGAUGGCCAAUGGUCGUACGCCGAGCGGGAUACCUUCACACAAGGAACUCAGGCACCACCGACCAAGUAA